GUUUUUUUUUACGCCUCUUGCGCUUCAUCUCUUCCCUUCGUCGCGAAGGUUGUGCGGCUCGACGCUACCCGGUAGCCAUGGUGUUCGUCCGAACCCUCGACGGGAAAACCCUAACCCUAGACGUGAACCCUCGCUCCACCUCCCUCCUCGCCUUCAAGCUCGCCGUCGAGGCCCGAUCCGGCGUCCCCGUGCAUCUACAACGCAUCUUCCUCUCCUCCCGCCGCCUCUCAGGCGCCGCGUGCGGCGGCGGCGGUGGAGGUGCCGGCGCCGGCGCUGAUGAUUCGUCCGUCACCCUCUCCGACCUCGCCGUGGGAAGAGGCUCGACCCUAGCCCUCCACGUCCCCUUCCUCGGCGGGAUGCAGGCCCCCGCGGGGCCAUCGCGCCCCGCGCGCUACGACUUCCUCAACUCCAAGCCCCCGCCCAACUACGUCGCCGGGCUCGGCCGCGGCGCCACCGGCUUCACCACGCGAUCCGAUAUCGGCCCCGCCCGCGCCGCCCCCGACCUCCCCGACCGCUCCGCCGCGCCCGGCGCGCCCCCCGCCGCCGGUGCCGCCACCCCCGCCGCCGCCGGCGUCGGUCGAGGCCGCGGGAAGGGCCCCGGCGAGGAGGAGGAGGACGAGGAGGCCGACGACAAGGGGUACGACGAGAACCAGAAGUUCGACGAGUUCGAGGGCAACGACGUGGGGCUCUUCGCGUCGGCCGAGUACGAUGAGGACGAUAAGGAGGCCGACGCCGUGUGGGAGAGCAUCGAUAAGCGCAUGGACUCGCGGAGGAAGGAUCGGAGGGAGGCGAGGCUGAAGCAGGAGAUUGAGAAGUACCGCGCCUCAAACCCUAAGAUUACCGAGCAGUUUGCCGAUCUGAAGCGCAAGCUCGCGGAUCUGACUCCCGAGCAGUGGGACAGCAUCCCCGAAAUUGGGGAUUAUUCUCUAAGGAACAAGAAGAAGCGGUUCGAGAGCUUCGUGCCCGCACCCGAUACGCUUCUUGAGAAGGCUAGGCAGGAGCAGGAGCACGUUACUGCCCUCGAUCCCAAGAGCCGCGCGGCCGGAGGAACGGAGACCCCCUGGUCGCAAACUCCUGUUACGGACCUCACGGCUGUCGGAGAAGGUAGGGGCACCGUUCUCUCGUUGAAGCUGGAUAGGUUAUCCGAUUCCGUAUCGGGAUUAACCGUGGUCGAUCCGAAGGGCUAUCUAACCGACCUCAAGAGCAUGAAGAUCACGAGCGACGCAGAGAUUUCAGAUAUCAAGAAAGCAAGGCUCUUGCUUAAGUCGGUGACGCAGACGAACCCUAAACACCCGCCCGGAUGGAUCGCGGCUGCUAGGCUGGAGGAGGUUGCUGGAAAGAUCCAGGCGGCGAGACAGUUGAUUCAGAAGGGGUGCGAGGAGUGCCCUAAAAAUGAAGAUGUGUGGCUGGAAGCUUGCAGAUUGUCAAGCCCUGAUGAAGCAAAGGCGGUAAUCGCUAAAGGAGUGAAGGCUGUGCCCAAUUCGGUGAAGCUUUGGUUGAAGGCUGCACAGCUGGAGAGCACUGAUCUGAAUAAGAGCCGAGUGUUGAGGAAAGGGUUGGAGCACAUUCCGGAUUCAGUGAGACUGUGGAAGGCUGUUGUUGAGCUCGCCAAUGAGGAUGAGGCCAGGGUUCUCCUCCAAAGGGCUGUUGAUCUGUGCCCUCUUCAUGUUGAGCUUUGGCUUGCCCUUGCGAGGCUGGAAACUUAUGAUCAGGCGAAGAAGGUGCUUAAUCGGGCUAGGGAGAAACUCUCCAAGGAGCCUGCUAUUUGGAUUACUGCAGCAAAGCUUGAGGAAGCUAAUGGUAAUAUACAAUCGGUGGUGAAGGUGAUCGAGAGAGGUAUAAGGUCAUUGCAGAGGGAACGUCUGGAGAUUGACCGGGAAGCUUGGAUGAAGGAAGCGGAAGCUGCGGAACGUGCAGGGUCAAUUUUGACUUGCCAGGCCAUAAUUAAGAGCACAAUUGGCAUUGGUGUUGAAGAAGAGGACCGGAAACGAACUUGGGUUGCUGAUGCCGAGGAGUGUAAGAAGCGCGGUUCUAUAGAGACGGCUCGUGCAAUUUAUGCGCAUGCGCUCAGUGUCUUCCUGACCAAGAAGAGCAUAUGGCUUAAAGCAGCACAACUCGAGAAGAGUCAUGGGACUAGGGAGUCUCUUGAUGCGCUGUUAAGAAAAGCAGUAACCUAUGUGCCGCAGGCUGAGGUGCUAUGGCUGAUGGGUGCGAAGGAGAAGUGGCUAGCAGGUGACGUGCAUUCAGCUAGGGCAAUUCUUCAGGAAGCGAAUGCUGCAAUUCCUAACUCGGAAGAGAUCUGGUUGGCUGCUUUCAAGCUCGAAUUCGAGAACCACGAGCAGGAGAGAGCAAGGCUGAUUUUGGCCAGGGCUCGGGAGAACGGAGGAACCGAGAGGGUGUGGAUGAAAUCUGCCAUUAUAGAGAGAGAAUUGGGGAACACAGCUGAAGAAAGGAGGUUGCUAGAGGAAGGAUUGAAGUUGUUCCCUUCAUUUUUCAAGCUGUGGUUGAUGCUUGGACAGAUGGAGGACCGACUGGGUCAUGUGGAGAAAGCAAAGGAAGCUUAUGAGAAUGGGUUGAAGCAUUGCCCUAAUUGUAUCCCUCUUUGGCUAUCGGUUGCUAGCUUAGAGGAGAGGAUGGGAGGUCUGAGCAAAGCCCGUGCUGUUCUCACUAUGGCCCGAAAGAAGAAUCCUCAGAAUCCGGAGCUUUGGCUUGCGGCUAUUAGGGCCGAAUCUAGGCAUGGGAACAAGAAGGAAGCUGACACUUUGAUGGCGAAAGCAUUGCAGGAGUGCCCGACAAGUGGGAUAUUGUGGGCGGCUAACAUUGAGAUGGCUCCGCGUCCUCAGCGCAAAACAAAAAGUGCGGAUGCUCUCAAACGGUGCGAUCAUGAUCCGCAUGUCAUUGCGGCUGUGGCAAAGCUAUUUUGGCAGGAUAGGAAGGUUGAUAAGGCAAGGAACUGGUUAAAUAGAGCAGUUACUCUUGCACCUGAUAUUGGAGAUUUCUGGGCCUUGUACUAUAAGUUUGAGCUUCAGCAUGGCAAUGAGGAUAUUCAAAAGGAUGUCUUGAAAAGAUGCAUUGUAGCGGAGCCGAAGCAUGGUGAGAGAUGGCAAGCGAUCUCCAAGGCUGUGGAGAACUCUCAUCUACCAAUUGAAGCCCUUCUUAAGAAAGCAGUGGUUGCACUGGGUAAAGAAGAGAACUCGGUUGUUGCAGAUGGCAUCAAGUCCUGAGUUCCGUUGAUUGUCAGCAGGUAUUUUCGCUGAGAACUAGAAGAUUUGGCACGGGUGUCAUCGACUCAUGUUGUAUUCGAAUUUCCAGCAUCUUCAAGUAGCACUUAUUAGUCCUUUAUUCUAAGAGUUUAUUUUAGAACUUCCUCUUGGAAAACUUUAUGCAGCAGAGAGUUUUAGCAAUUGUUAAGGGUGAUGUUCAUUGGGAGCUAUACGUUGGUUUUAGAUCUACUCUUUGCUUGUACCUUGUUCAAUAUAAUGCUUUAAGUAGAUAUUGCUGAUUAUAACUAUUUUGACUAGCUUGUUACACUGUCCUGGCUAGGAUAGGAGCUUUCAUUAGUGCUCUCAUAAAUAAGUUGACCUAUUUUGGUACUCCUAUGAUGUCGAAAUCUGAAGCUUUUUUCCUAUAUUUUUGGUACUAGUUUGCAUCUUUUAGUUAAUUCCUGUGUAAUUAAAUGCUGCACAUUUUCUUGUAUGUGUAUAAAAUGGUUGCUUGAUGGCUUA